ACAGAAUUGCGUUAGUUUUUAAAACUAAAAUAUUGCAUUAUAUUCUAGAUGAUGGAUGACAGAUAUGAAGGAAAAUAUAACUUUUCUCGAAAAACAUGCAUACUUACUUCGGUGUGCUUUUGUUGGUCUCCCAUUGCUUUUAUUGUCCUCUUCGUACUGUUUUUAUUCUAUGGUGGACUAUUAGAAUCAUCAUUUAUGUGUAUUUCUGUGACUUGCAUAGAUGUUGCAAGCUAUUUGCUGCUUUCGAUGAAUAAAUCUAUUAAUCCAUGCGAGAAUUUCUAUUCCUAUGCUUGUGGAAAUUAUUUUAUAAAUAGAGAAUUCCAAAGAGGAAUUUCAAAUAAGAUUAUUGAACAACAGAAAACAGUCGAUGAUAAAUUAAUAGAUUUAUUUAACAAUAAUAUAAUUGAUCCAAUUGUACCAGUUUCUCGAAAAGCAUCAAGUUAUUAUAAGUUCUGCCUUCGAUCGGAUGAAAGAAAUGAGACAAAUUACACGAAUUAUUUAAUUAAUAAUCUUGGAAAUAUGCCAUGUCUUAAAAAUUGGAAGAAAACUGGAUUUUUAUUCCAUAGUGUUUCAUUAGCCACUAGAUUAUCUAAACAUGGACUCUUUGAAUUCGGAGUGACUUUAAACGAAAAACUAAAACAGGAAACAUUAUGAUGAUUAAACGUGUACCGAUCGAUGAUGUAAUAAACAAUACAAUAUCAUCUUUGGCAUCGAAAUGUAGUGAAGAACUGGGUAUAUUUGAAAUUAAGAAGUUAAAAAUGCUCGAUAAAGCCGUUAAUUUUGAAAACGAAAGACAUCCUUAUGAUUUAUUAGAAGUGAUUACGGUUAAAGAAUUCAGCGAACGAACUGGAUUUAAUGAAUGGAUUGAAUUUAUUAAAAUUGUAAUGAAAGAUGUUCUUAGAACUGUUACAGAGAAUGAUUUGAUAGCAGUAUACAACAUAAAUUACUUUAUAAAUCUUUUUAAUGUUAUUAAAAAUGAAAAUAUUGAUGAAAGAACAAUUGCAAAUUAUGUAGUAUAUCAAGCAAUUACUUAUUUUAAUAAUUAUAUGGAUAAGUAUGGUCUUAAUAAAAAGUAUUCGACAGCUAAUAAAUGCAUUUCUCUUCUGAAAGAUCUGAUGCCUUUAUACAUAGAUCAUUUAUAUAUUUAUAAAAUUGAAAAU